GAUGAUUUUGCCGGCCACUGGACCGAGGCGGUGCGGAUAUAGCUUGGAAUAAGCCGUUGAAGGAUUUCCUUCGCCGAGCCUGAGUUGCCCAAAUGCGCGAGCAAAUUGCAAGCCCCACCGGGCUGAAGUGACGCGCAGAGCGGAUGUGACGAAGAAGGCGGAGGCUGAACGGCAAGCUAUAGUGAUCCAGCAAGCCGAGCUGGCCAGGAAGUUGAAGACGGCUUUACAUCAGCAGUCUACGCGGGUUGACAGGACCUCGGCAAGCUUCUGUGUUGAGCUUUCGCAAUCGCCCGACGUGAUGGCUGAUGAACAAGGUCUUCCAGUGCAAGAGAACCUACAACAAGAAGGGCGGCAACUGCAACCAGCACGAGAACGAAGAUGAGGUUCAAACGCAAGAAAUCUCCAGCGGUCCCAUCCGCAUGAUAACUUACCGAGAAGAAGCUGAAUCUGGGUCCGAGAGUGCUGACGAGGCUCCGCAACCCAGACGCCAGCGACGGCGGCGCGCCCGGAAGAAGGAUGGAGGUGCCUUCGAAUUAGCUGCACCUUCGCGUGAUGUGAUUACAGGCUGGAUCGCUGAAGCCUGGCGGAACCUGACGACAACAACGAUAGUCGGCGUAUUGGUCUUGUCAACGACACGCGACCUGUUCAAGACACAGCGGCUGACAUGACGGCGGAGAUCGACAUUCUCCUGGAGCAGCUAGCCUCUGUUGCAAUAACUAAGCCGGCAUGUCGAACUCGCGUAAGCUCUGCCGACGACAUCCGCACACCCGGAGAAACAACCAGCGGCUCCGAUGAAGACAGCUCAGAUCAAGAGUAAGAGGUACUUCAUUUAAAUGA